AUGAAUCUCUCUGCAUUGUUCUACUUCUUUAAUGUCCUAUGGGCAGUUCCUGGCUUUGUCCUUUCACGAGGAAUUGGUUCAUACAAUACUUCCCGGUUUGAAGUACAUACUCUGCCAGGCAUUUCGGACCUACCACCCAGCUGGGCUGGUCGCCUUCCUGUUCCGGGGACAGAGGAUGGAAACGAGAUAUUCUUCUGGCUAUUCCAAUCAGAGCAGCCGGCUUAUGAUGACAAUUUAAUCAUCUGGUUUAAUGGCGGCCCUGGCUGCUCAUCCUUAAUAGGUCUGACGACCGGUAAUGGGCCCAUUUCGUUUGAUGGCAACUCAACUCGAUUAAUCCGCAAUCCUCACUCAUGGACGAAGCUGGGCAAUGUGCUUUACGUUGAUCAGCCCGUCGGUACUGGCUUCAGCACAGCCAGCUUCCCCUACCCGGUUAGGGACAAUGUCCGGGUAACGACGGACUUUACGCAGUGGCUGCGUGGCUUCUUCGAAUAUUUCCCGCACUUGCAGUCAAAGCAGAUCCAUUUGAUAGGCGAGUCAUAUGCAGGCAUCUACAUACCGUACUUUGCAUCGGAGCUUCUCGAGGGCAACAAUUCACUACCUCUCAACGUGCGUUCGAUGUCUCUAGGUGAUGGAUCUUGGGGAAAUGGAGCAGCCAUGGCGUCCGUUACAAUGGGAAAAUAUCUCAGGUCACAGCUGAGCCUCCUCCAAAUCCCCGAAGAUGUCCUGUCUGUCUUUAGCGAAGCAGACGAAACCUGCGGAUUCAAUGACGUGCUAGCAAAAUCCGCCAUAUAUCCUCCCCAGGCUAAAAUUCACAUCCCUGGAAACCCAGAGUACUUCAACCUCCGCCGCCGAGACUUGUCAGAUGCUGCCAACUCCGCAUGCAACAUCUCUCCCACAACCCCCGAAGCAGUCCACUCCUCAAUCUUCAACUCAACCUGCUACGGCCCCUGCGCUGCCUUCUCUACAGCAAGUGACUACCUAACAGCCAUCUCCACCAACCGCACAACCCGCGGCUGCUUCGAUAUCUACGACAUCUCUCACGACUGCAGCACAGUUUCACCGCUGUCACUUAUGCCAGAGUACUUCGGCCGCACGGACGUGCAGGCCGCGCUCCACGUCGAGAACAGCGGACUCUACAGCGCCUGCAACUCCACAAUCCUAAACACUCUCCUUUCAGUGCCCUCUCCCGUGCCGCCGGAGUACUUUAUCCUCCCGUCUCUGGUUACCAAGCACAAUAUCUCGCUCCAUAUCUAUUCGGGCGAGUGGGAUAUGCUGAUCAACCACUUUGGCGCGGAACUGUCGCUGCAGAAUAUGACGUGGCGCGGUGCACAAGGCUUCGCGCAGAAGCCGAAAAACGCAUUCUUUGCUGAUGAUGCUGCGCCCUCAGCGACCAAACAACCCCUGUUAAAACAUACGCCGGCGGCUAGAACGCUCUCGACUGCCACACCUACUGCUGCUGUUGCGGGUAGGUGGGCUAUGGAACGUGGUGUGUCGUAUCAUUUAUUCCGUGGGGCUGGGCACAGUGUCUUUGUGAACAAGCCGCGCGAGAUGUUUUCCUUUGUGAGGUAUGUGGUUGUUGCUCCGAGGGCUCGUUGA